GAGACUAUUGACAGUCGGGGAACGCAGUGCAGUCAUCGCAGAGGCAUUCCCUCCUUUUGUGAGGAAAGAGAACGUCAGGAUGAGGUCCUUUACAUCAUGGGUUAUUUUGCCCAUUUUAAGUGGGUUAUUGUUGACGUCUGCAGAAAACAGAAUUGAUGACUAUCAGCCUCAGCAUGUACACAUAGUUAUUGGAGAGACCUCCAAGGACAUGGUUAUUACAUGGACCACCUUCACAGACACUCCCUCAAGUGUUGUUGAAUAUGGGAAUGCUGGGCUGACACAAACAGCCACGGGAAGCAGUACACAGUUCACAGAUGGCGGUACUGAACACAGAAACUUGUGGAUGCACAGAGUCAUACUGAAGGAUCUGCAGCCAGAUACUAUGUAUUUCUACCACUGUGGAAGUCAGCUGGGUUGGUCAGAACUGUUUGUUUUCAAGACCUGGAAGAAUGGGACUGACUGGCCUGUGUCAGUGGCUAUGUAUGGUGACAUGGGUGCAGUCAAUGCUCAGUCUCUGCCAAGGUUACAGGAGGAGGUUCAGAGAGGAAUGUAUGAUGCUGUGAUUCAUGUGGGAGACUUUGCAUACAACAUGGACUCGGAUAAUGCUCGUGUCGGAGAUGAAUUCAUGCGACAGAUUCAACCCAUUGCUGCCUAUGUGCCUUAUCUGACUUGCCCUGGCAACCACGAACAGAUGUACAACUUCAGCAACUACAGAGCAAGAUUCAGCAUGCCCAACCAUGAGGACACAGAGAACCUUUUCUUCAGUUGGAACAUGGGUCCAGUUCAUUUUAUUGCUGUCAACACUGAGGCAUACUAUUUCCUGGAGUAUGGCCUCAAACCUCUCUCUCGUCAGUAUGACUGGCUCAUCAAAGACUUGGAGGAAGCAACAAAGCCUGAAGUUCGUGCUGAAAGGCCCUGGAUCAUAUUGUUCGGCCACCGUCCCAUGUACUGCUCCAACAAUGACCACGAUGACUGCACCAGAGUCAAUUGUCUCACCAGAGUUGGUCUACCACUCGUGAAUUUAUAUGCUAUGGAAGAGCUCCUGCAGAAGUAUGGAGUAGAUCUUGCAGUUUGGGCUCAUGAACACUCCUAUGAGAGGCUGUGGCCAAUGUAUAACUAUACAGUGUUGAAUGGGUCAACAGAAGCCCCAUACACCAACCCAAGAGCUCCAGUUCACAUCACAACAGGGUCAGCAGGCUGUGAUGAGAACCAUGACCACUUCAUGCCUGCCCAGCCAGACUGGUCUGCCUUCAGAGCCAUUGAUUAUGGAUACACACGGGUCAAGAUCUUCAACAAAACACACAUGUACUGGGAACAAGUAUCUGAUGAUCAGAACGGAAAGGUGAUUGACAAUGUCUGGCUUAUAAGAGACAGCCAUGUGUCCUAUGCUGAACUCUAGGACAGGCAGACACUCCCUUGAAGAUGAUACAGUAGAAAAUGCUCAAGUUGGAUUCUUGACUUGCAUCUGAGACACUGGGAUGAUUUUCAUCCAUUUUUUGCAAGUAGCAAAAAAAUGAUUCUGAGUAAAAUCCUUGGGAAAAAUAUAUUUGGAUGAUAUGCAUGUAUGUAUGCAUUAAUGCAUAA